UCGCGGUCGGAGUGUAUCGUAUACACGGACUGUAGCAGUGUUAUACAUCGACGUUAGUGUUCGCGCGGAACUCGGCGCGGGUGGACGUACGGUCAUGCGAGAAGGGGCUACGGGCAGGAUGGCCGAACUCGAGUUCGAAGCGCCGCUCGCGCAAAUCGAAGAUGCCGACGACUGUCUGUCCACGGCGGACUACCCGCAAAAAACCAUCAACGGGAACGACAUCCACAUAAAUAACAUCAAAAACUUAAGUGAAAUUAUCAAAAUGAAAACCGACUCCAACAAAAUAAACGAUAACGACGGACCUAAACCGGUGAAGUGCAAAGACAAUAUGCAAAACGGGGAAGGUGACAAUUUCACGGAGACUUUCUCCGGGUCCCUUGAAGACCUGGUGAAUACAUUCGAUGAGAAGAUCACAAAGUGCUUCGGGAACUAUGAGGAGAGCGUCGAGAAGCUAGCACCGGUGCAAGUUCGCUCGCAAGAAGAAAUAAUGAACGAAUGCCAGAUGUGGUGGACAAUCACGGGCAACUUCGGCAACAUCCUGCCCAUAGACUGGACCAAGUCGUUUUCGAGGAAGAUGCACAUUCCCACCUUAAAUUUAAGUGACAAAAUGGGCUCAAUGACGCCAGACGACGAGAUCCACAGCUCAGAAGACGAGGCCGUGGCCUCUGACUUGGACAUGCACGCGCUUAUCCUCGGAGGCCUACAUCAGGACCACGAGUGUCCCGUCAAGACUGCCGAUGAAGUGAUACAAGAAAUCGAUGACAUGAUGCAGGAGACUCCCUCUUCCGAAGGCGAUGUCCUGGAAUACAAUGAGGCGUUGGAGAAAGGGAAGGAAGUCCUCAACUCACCUCUGUAUGAAGACAAACUUCGACAACUCUCCCUAACCCAGUUAAACGAGACCUAUAUGGAGCUCGAAGUCCUCAUCCGAGAGUUCUCCGAGACCCUCAUCGCGGAACUGGCUCUCCGGGACGAGCUGGAGUAUGAGAAGGAGCUCAAGAACACCUUCAUCUCGCUGCUGUUGGCUGUGCAGAAUAAGAGGCGGCAGUAUCAUACCGAGAAGAAGAAGCGAGGGCCGCCGCGGUCGCCGAACCUUAACAAUUCUGGCUCAGAGUCAAAGUACUUGACCACCGUGAUACCGUUCCAUCUCGACAACGGUCCGCCCGACAACCAGACGCUGCAAAUUCUCAUUAAAAUUCUAAAGGCUAUCAACGAAGACAGCCCCACCGUGCCGACGCUACUAACGGACUACAUACUCAAAGUGCUCUGUCCUACCUAAGCCUUGGUCUAGCUAAUUCUUCCACCUUCAUCCGAUCACUUCUGCACACAUCAACACCUAUAUGCCUUGCGUUAAGAUUAUUGCAGGUGGCGCUACACCUUGGAAGUUUAAGUUGACAAAUAUAAUACAAGAUACCAAUAAUUUUGGAGCGAAACAUGUAGGUUAUAACAAGUAACUUUAAUAAGGGACGGAACCUGAUUUGACUUCGAGACAUAAUCAGUUGAAAUUGCAGCUAUGCCUUUUUCCACUUUAUUUUAUCGCUAGUCGAAUAGGCAGAAAUCGUUUAUUAUGACCUACAAUAUUAGUUCCAAAUGAAUUGUUACCUUGUUACUGUGUAAGGACACAACUGUUGAAAAACUCAACAAAAAUAUACAUGAAUAGGUAUAUAUUAUUUUAAAAUAUUGACUCAUAUUUUCAAUAAGAGUCUUAUGUUGCAUACGAUUCGCCUCAAGAAGGACUCUCUUUAAGACAUCUGCAUGAUUCUGACGUAAAUUGAAACUAGAAAGUAACUAUUUGCAAAUGGACGAAGCAAAAAGUUGAUCUAGAUACGUAUUUUCAAUUCAAAUUCCCGCGUCUUCUAAGACAGCGUACCUAAGAUCCGCGGUGGCUGUCUAAUUAAUCUGAA